GAGGUUAGUAAAUGCUAAGAAAAUUAAUUUACAGUUUUUAUUUCAACUGUCUGCGUCGUAUAAAUUAUGUCUUCUAAUCUAGAGUACGCACUGGAUUUGAUGCGCCGUCUUCCACCGAUAAAUACGGAUGAAAAUCUGUAUGAUUUGUGCGACUUAGUGCCAAAGAUUCUAGAAGAACUUUUGAGUAGCGUCGAUCAGACUUUGAAGAUAGCGCACGACAACAAGCAAGGGAAGGAUUUUUUGUUGUGUGAUUAUAACAGAGAUGGCGAUUCUUACAGGUCUCCAUGGUCGAACGAGUACCAACCGCCAUUUCCUGAUGGUAUCACGCCUAGCCCCGCUCUGAGAGAGCUAGAAAUCUGGGCUAAUGAGGCGUUUGACAUAUACCGCGAGCUUUAUUUUGAAGGAGGUCUUUCUUCUUGCUAUCUAUGGGAUACUACAGAUGGUCUCGCUGGUGUAGUUCUUAUUAAAAAAACCCAAGACCAAUCUAAGCAAGGCCAGCCCAUGCGAGGCACUUGGGACUCUAUUCAUGUCGUUGAGAUAGCUGAUCAAAAAGAGUCGACGGUGUACAAGCUGACAUCAACUAUCAUGCUUUCAAUUCAAACCAACACCGAGCAAACUGGUGACGUUUGCUUAGCUGGUAACCUUACGCGCCAAGAAGAAGGUACAUUUCCUGUGAAGAAUCAGAAGUCUCACAUAGCUAACUUUGGGAGGAUGAUUGAGAAUAUGGAGAAUAAGCUUCGAAUGACCACGGAAACUAUUUACUUUGGAAAAACCAAAAACAUUGUAUCGGACCUUCGUACUAUUAUGUCGGCUUCAUCAUUGAAGGCGCGUCAGACCGCCAUGAAAAAUAUAAGUACUGCUAUUAGCCAGCAACAGUAAUGGGAUAUGAUAGGGAUAUGAUAUAAAUGGGCAUAGCUCGCCUGCAUCUUCCCUGUUGCUCAUUGAUGGUUUGAGAUCAAAUUCUUUUAACAAAAAGGCCUUUGAAACUAGAAAUUAAAAAACAAUAAUAAGCUUUUGAGGUUGGCAUUUAUAAAAAUAUAAGCCCGAAUCUAGAUUUAUUAUAUAUGUAAACAUAUUUUUGAAACUA